ACUUUGUACUUUUGCGACGAAAGACACCUUUCAUCACAACACAUUUAACGGUCUACGAUAAUGAAUAUGGGACUGGGCAGGAUAGGCGGACUUUUGGCUUGUGUAGGAUUGGUUAUUGCGCAUGGAGGUGUAGCGCAUCAGAAACCUUUAGCCGUGGAUCCAAACGCGGAUUGGGGAACUAGACAUAUGGCCGGUGAGAGAGAUUCCUUCUAAUUCUUCUGCUUUUGGCUUUGAUGGCGAUGCUGUGUAUCAAUUGACUAACACACAACUAGAGGAACAUCACAUAGACAACUUCGAUGCGGGUGCCUUCUUUACGCUCCACGAUUUCGACAAUAACGGCCUAUGGGACCAAUCGGAAAUCUUGAAAUUCUAUGGCAUGGAGGAUGAGACUGCAAAAGAUGUGCCGCAUGAAAAGAAAGUUGAUUUGCUGAAGGAGAUAUUACGAUUGAUGGAUAAAAAUAAUAAUGGGGUAGUGGAAAAGGAAGAAUGGGGCAGGUAUACGGGAACUGGAGGUCUGUUGCCAGAUUUUGGCUUGGGGCCAGGACAUCAUUGGGAUAUUGAGAUGGAAUAUGAGAUUCAUCAUUGGCAGAAGUAUGUUUGUUUCCUUUUGGAGCGAAGGAUGAAAAGGGCGUGAUAAAUUGAGAAUAUCGGGCUAAUAUGUGACAGGUACCAUGAUGAGAAUACGAAGGAAGAGGAUCUGAUACAUCCAGAGGACAUUGCACAUUUCAAGAAACAUGAUGAAUUGGAGGAUGAAGCCGAUAGAGUUGCGGCUUUGGAUAAGAUGCCCGUUGUUGAACAAAAUAUCCCUGAUAAGUUUAGAAAGGAUAAACAAUGAUUGAUUGCGUUUAAAGUAUAGACAUGAUGAUACUUAGCUUUGAUACCAAAUAGAUAUGUAUCAUUACAGAGGCAUUUCAUUCCUCAAACCCCCUAGGGUUUACUUCCACGUUUUCUACCAAAAUCAUCUCGUUGAUCAAAGAUACUGUACCUCGCCCGCAUUUAAAGGUUACUCCUUCGUUGCUGGAGCUGAUCAAUUGUUUCGUUUGCCGUUUGCUCAAUUCGAAUUACAAGAAUACGUGAGGCUUCUACAAUUAGAACAUUCAAAAAAAUCUUUCCCUUCUACUACUCGAGAAUAAGUUCCGCACGGU